UCUUGCGAAAAAAAAACAAUUGUUAAUUAUUUAUUUUUGGGAUGUCAGGGCUCAAAAGAAGUCUUGGCGGGAGACUAAUGUGUUGUCUACGUCAUCAAUGUGCGUAGUGUUUAAUGAGUAAAACACGCCAGUGAUGUAUUACAAGGAAAUCUGAGCGGAUCAGUUUCUCCACACUUGACAGCCGGUGUUUGAGCUCAGCAUGUGUCCCUUAUGUGUAGGCAGGUCUCAUGUCGACCUAACAUAGGAGUAACAACAAUGUGUGAUGCUAAUGUCAGACGGACAACAGCGUUUUGAAAAGCAAUUAUUGACGUGAGUGUUUUGAACAGGCACCGACGCCACCGCCUACUUUAUCCCUCACUCGUCUCUCCGCCGCGCAUCCCAACCACAACCUCGCCAACGCGUUGCGAAUUCCACGGCGAACUUUUCUCGUCUGUCGCAAGAAACCGCUUUAAAAAAACGAGAGAGAAAGGCGAAGCGAUCGAAAUGUUUAUUUCCUGGUUGUUUUGAGACGGGUCCCGCCAGGCCACUCCUACGACACCUCUGCUUCGCGAGAAAACAAACCAGUUAAUUCAAAAACCAGUUGAUCCCGCACACCGGUAAGCGAUGGGUAAAACAACACAUGUGAUGGAAGGACCUACCGACGGGCCUCCCUUUACUGGACACUCACUAUAACUGUUUAUUGACAUCGCUUUGCCGUAAGAGUAACAGCUUCAUUCCAACUAACGGUGUUAGCCUGCUAGCGCGCUAGGCUACGGGCUAUGCUAGCUAGCUGUGCUGCGGGUUCGUGUUUCGGUGUGAGGACAUGGCACUUUGCAAACUCGGCAACACUCGCCUACUCUGGGAUUAUUUUCUCAUUUAUCCCUGUUGAAUAACACAUUCUGCUGUUACGAACGCCCUGGCUUUUUGGGGGUUAAUUAGCCACCACGCCUGCUGGAGAGGCAACGCUCGGCUAACGCCGCUACUUAGCUGCGCGGAACCGGAAUGGAGCCAGGCGACCUGCGUGAGAGCCCCGCCGGCUCCGGGGAGUCGGAUGCGGGGGAUUGGAGGGAGGUUGUCCCCGGGGAGGACGAAGAGGUGAAAGCCGCCGAAACUAACGGAACGACACUGGAGACGACGCGCAGGGACACCUGCGAGGAAAGCGGCAGUGACAAAGGAGUUGGAGAGCAAUUACACAGCCCCUAUGAGGAGGAGCUGGACCCCCGAAUACAGGAAGAGUUGGAACAUCUCAAUGAAGCAAGUGCAGAAAUCAACAGACUGGAGCUGCAGUUGGAUGAUGCCAGAACAGGCUACCGGAAGAUCCUCACAGAGUCUGCCAGGAAGCUGAAUGCUCAGAGCUCUCAGCUGGGUGGCUGUAUUGAGAAAGCGAGACCUUACUAUGAAGCUCGUCGGCUUGCGAAAGAGGCACAACAGGAGACUCAGAAGGCAGCACUGAGCUAUGAGAGAGCGGUUUCUAUGCACACAGCUGCCAGGGAGAUGGUCUAUGUGGCGGAGCAAGGUCUGAUGGCUGAUGGCAAGAACACCCUGGAUCCCACCUGGCAGGAGAUGCUCAACCAUGCUACCUCCAAGGUGAACGAGGCCGAGGAGGAGCGGCUGCGCAGUGAGAGGGAGCACAUGCGAGUCACACACGCCUGCCAGGAGGCCGAGGCUCGGGUUCAGAUGCUGCAAAAGUCCCUCAAAAGAGGCAUCGUGAAAUCCAAACCUUACUUUGAGCUCAAGGCCCAGUUCAACCACAUCCUGGAGGAGAACAAAGCCAUAGUGCUGCAGCUGGAGCAGCAUGUAGCCAAAGUGAAGACCCGCUACUCCAUCGCCUUACGGAACUUGGAGCAAAUCAGUGAGCAGAUUCACGCUCAGAGGGGGAGAGACCAGGCGGAGGGCGGGCGCACCACAGUCUGCGGCGGGCGCAGCCCCCCCGUUGGAGCGGAGUCCGACGUCGGAGUUCAGAAAGAAGGCGGGGCCUGCGACGGCGGCGCGUCGUCGACGGAUCGGGUGGACGCAGCCAUCGGCUUGGAGAGAAACCGGGAGAGCGAGAGGGACCGGGCGGGGUCGGACUCCCUGUCGGUCUUCAGCCUGCAGACCAUCGCCUCCGACUUGGAGAAAUACGACUCCAUCGAGCACCUCGGGGACCUCAGCGAUGUGGGGAGCGUAACUGGGGAUGAGGGGGAGAAAGAGAAGGGCGGCGUGAUGGAUCGGAGAGAGAAGCUGGCCGAAAGCAGCGCCAAAGAGCGCCAGCUGCAGUUCUACAAGCAGCAUCAUCGGAGCUUCAGUUUGUGAGGCGGCCGUAGAUAAACACGCUAUAAACACUGCAGAGGCAAAAGGGAGUUGUCAAAAAAAACAACCAAUUCGGGUAAGCGCCCCGAAAACAUAGGUACCAACCAAAGCGUAAGACAUUGAGCUAGCUGUGAAACUGCAUGGAUGCAGAUGUGUGAUGUAAUAAACGUUGUAAAUAAGCACAGGUCGGUUAACUGACAACACAUUAUUCUAGUGCCGACACUGAUCAAUAGCUGAUAAUGCUGCCUGGUUGCAACACUACUGGAAUCUAAAGCGCUCUUCCCCCCCUCGAGAACGCGUGUACGGUAUAUUGAGGGAUUCUGGGUAGAAUUUGCUCCUUGAGCAUAGAUCUGCAGCACGGAUCUAAUGUGGUGAGACGAGUGAAAACAAAACCCUCCAGUCGCGUCGAGUCCUGUCGGCGCUUCCUUCAAGGUAGAGGAGGGAGUUCGGGGGAGGGGGGGUUUCAUAGGGUCUCUCAACAAACACAUCCACACUCGUACCCACCCUCGUCAUGUUGGUGUGUGGGGAAAAAUGACAAAAACGAUUCUCUGUCAGUGCAUGUUUGAAUUCACAUUCAGAGUAUUUAUUUCAAGCAAAAUGCUGCAAGCGGGGUUUUGUUAUUUUAAAGCACGAGAGAAUGCGUUUUUUGAAAAUUCCUGAAAUGAGUCGAGUCUGAAGAUGAUAAUGACUCGUUCCACUCCUCCAGCAUGCACUCCUUGAUAGCUAUGUGAACAGACACUUCCGACAUGUAGUCAGGGCUUUAUGCUGGAACCGAAAGUGACAACAGUAAAGCUGAAGCCGCGUUUUCUUUAUUUAAUGUCGUAUGAUGCAAAAACCUUUCCCAAAUUUGUGCUGUUUGGAUAUUGUUUACAAUUGUAUGGCUGGAUUUUUUCAGCAUCAAAUGCAUCGUCUUCUUGCAUCUCUUUUGCUUCCCUUUUUGGAAAAAAAAAAUACAGAAAUUACCCUGGUUGUAAUUUAAAGUGUGCCUUGAUGGAACAAGUAACACAUUUAGCAUGAGCAGCACUUUCUUGUAAUCUCAUCCGUAGUUCUGUUUAGAACCAUUUAAAAAAAAGUUAAACAAAACUCUUGUGUGUUUGUGCCAGUCUAUGAUUUUUAGAACACUAAUAAUCAGUCACCCAGGCGCCGUAUCCGAUUAGACUUGAAGACUUAUUUUAUUUUUUGCGACAUUGUACUUUGAAUUUCUACGUGUGAGAUGCAAAACCACAAAGUCAAGGAUUGACUUGUAAAUGUAUGUAAUUAUUACAAAGCUGGGAAAUAUUGACAUGUACAGUUCCAUGUGUUAUUUGUUGUGGAUGUUCGACUGGUUCGUUGUGCGGAUGCUUUGAAUGCGCUCAGUUUGUCGUGUGUAUUUAACUCCUUAUCGCAGUUCAUCCUGAAGAACCUCGCCGUCACUGCUGUCUUAACGACUCGCCGUACUAGUAGCGUCUGUGAUUUACUCAAUGUCACGUUCCCAUUUAUGCAUCGUCAUUAUCUAUAACCAAUAAACCAAAUCAUACGUC